UCAAUUUUCAAGUUCAAUUUUUAAAUAAUUUGAAUUUUUAAAAUAUAUUUGACUAAGUUUUUGUUCAUAGUAUUUGAGGUACAGAUUUUAAAGAUUUUUCUAUAGACUCACUUUUAAGUUUUAGAUAUACCUAAUAUUUGCUCAGUUUAAUAUGUCAGAAUUGUCAGUGAAGUCCAAUGACAAUGUUACAUUAUGUGUUUUGGUAUCUGAUGAAAAUCCAGAACUAAAAUUUAUACUAUUGGACAAUGAACCUUUAAUAUUGGGUAGAACACUACAGACUGGAAUAGACGAUCAAAGAUUGUCAAAAAAUCAAAUGAAAUUUAUAGCUGACUAUUCUACGGCUCGAGUAUUGGUCGAACAAUUAGGUAGCAACAAGUCAGCUGUUAAUAAUGAAUCUAUGAUAAAAGGAGAAAAGAGACUUUUAAACCAUGGAGACAAAGUGGCAUUGUUGUUUAAUAGCAAUUAUACUUAUCGUUUAGAUUUUGUAACACCUCCUUCUUAUGGUGUAGACUCUAAUAAAAGGACCACCAAUUAUUUAGAUAAAGAAAUUUAUAAUAAAAAACCUCGCUCAGAUUCUACUUCUAUAUGGGAAUACAAAAAUGAUUCAAUGAUGUUGUAUAAUAGUUCAAAUAUUGUUCAUAAAGAAAAAAUAGCAGCAUUUGAUUUGGAUGGAACACUUAUUGUUACCAAGUCUGGUAAAGUUUUCCCCGUUGAUGAGAACGAUUGGCAAAUUUAUAGCCCUGAAGUUAUUACAUCUAUUAGCAAGUUGUCAGAUGACGGUUACAAAAUAGUGAUAUUUACUAAUCAAGGAGGUAUUUCGAAGUCAAAAACGAAUUUUCUUACAUUUAAAAUUAAAAUUACAAAUAUUCUCAAAGUACUCAAAGUACCUAUUCAAGUAUUUAUAGCUACUGAAAAAGAUAUAAAUAGAAAACCUGCACCAGGAAUGUGGAAUAUUUUGGUUUCUGAUUACAAUGGAGGUGUACCAAUUAACAUAGAUAAAAGUUUUUUUUGUGGUGAUGCAGCAGGCCGAUCUGCUCGUUUUAGUUUUGAUGGUAAACUAAUUAAAAAAGAUCAUUCAUGUUGCGAUCGGUUAUUUGCCAUGAAUAUUGGACUCAAAUUUUAUACACCUGAAGAAUUCUUUUUAAAAGAACCUACUGAAAAAUUGUAUGCAUUACCAGAAUUUAAUCCAAAUGACAUUAAGGCUAAUAUUCUCUGUACAGAUUUAACAUCAAAAGUUUUGAUUUCUCCUAAUAAAGAAAUGAUCAUAAUGGUUGGCUGUCCUGGUUCAGGGAAAAGUUAUUUUGCAUUAAAUAAUUUACUCUGUCAUGGUCAUAUGAAAAUAAUUAACAGAGAUACACUAGGCUCGUGGCAAAAAUGUGUUUCUGAAGCUAAAAAAUACUUAAGAGAUAGUAAUUGUAGUGUAGUGAUUGACAAUACAAAUCCUGAUAUAGAAUCAAGAAAACGCUUCAUUGAUGUAGCUAAAAGUUUAAAAAUACCAAUUCGAGUAUUUUUAAUGAAUGUAUCCAAAGAUCAUGGAAAACAUAACAAUAAAUUUCGAGAAUUGACUGAUAAAAAACACCAAAAAAUAUCAGAUGCUGCAAUUAAUUUUUACUUUUCAAAAUUUCAAGAACCAUCAAAAAGUGAAGGUAUUGAUGAAAUAGUUAAAAUAAAUUUUGUUCCUCAUUUUAAAGAUCCUAAUCAUGAGAAGUUAUAUAAAAUGUUUUUACUUUGA